GGUAAAAUAGUGCUGAAGAAAGAGGGCACUAGUGUACAGCCCAGAUCGCAUCCUUGCGCCGUCUGGAUUAGAGCUGAGGUGUCUGCUAACCGCGCGUGGCGGCGGUCCUCUGACCUGGGGACCAUAGCGCUGUCUACCCGGACUCAGGUACACAGCUUUCAGCUCACCGCUGGCUGCCACCACGACGCCCACUGUCCCCUUGAUCCUUUUACCUUGGUGCACCGGUGAAGAAAGGGCACUCGAAUCCGCCUAGAAACGCCCCCUGGGAGCGGAGGUGGUCCUGGAGGACAAGGAGCGGGAGGCGGAGGGGAAGGAGGCUGUGGUGCAGGCGGCGAAAACGCUGGAAGAGCGGGGUUGGCUACCGGGACCGAGCCGGGAGAGGCAGGCGUGGGGCAUCCCCGCGGUGCGCGCCCAGAGCCGGCUGCGGGACCAGCGUGGGAACGUGGCUGGCCGGCUGUGGACGGCGUCCUCGUCACCAUGGUCCGGCUCCUGUUGGUUUUCUUCCCAGCGAUCUUUUGGGAGAUGUCCCUUCUGCCCAGAAGCCCUGGCAGGAAAGUGUUGCUGGCGGGAGCCUCAUCUCAGCGCUCGGUGGCCAGAAUGGACGGAGAUGUCAUCAUCGGGGCCCUUUUCUCAGUCCACCACCAGCCUCCAGCCGAAAAGGUGCCGGAGAGGAAGUGCGGGGAGAUCCGGGAGCAGUACGGCAUCCAGAGGGUGGAGGCGAUGUUCCACACCUUGGAUAAGAUCAACGCAGACCCGGUCCUCCUGCCCAACAUCACGCUGGGCAGCGAGAUCCGGGACUCCUGCUGGCACUCCUCCGUGGCUCUGGAGCAGAGCAUUGAGUUCAUCAGGGACUCCCUGAUUUCCAUUCGAGAUGAGAAGGAUGGACUCAACCGGUGCCUGCCGGAUGGGCAGCCCCUCCCCCCAGGCAGGACUAAGAAGCCCAUUGCGGGCGUAAUCGGCCCGGGCUCCAGCUCCGUAGCCAUUCAAGUACAGAACCUGCUCCAGCUCUUCGACAUCCCCCAGAUUGCAUAUUCCGCCACGAGUAUCGACCUGAGUGACAAAACUUUGUACAAAUACUUCCUGAGGGUUGUCCCUUCUGACACCUUGCAGGCAAGGGCGAUGCUUGAUAUAGUCAAGCGUUACAAUUGGACCUAUGUCUCUGCAGUCCACACGGAAGGGAAUUAUGGGGAGAGUGGAAUGGACGCUUUCAAAGAGCUGGCUGCCCAGGAAGGUCUCUGCAUCGCCCAUUCAGACAAAAUCUACAGCAAUGCUGGGGAGAAGAGCUUCGACCGACUCCUGCGCAAGCUCCGAGAACGGCUCCCCAAGGCGAGAGUGGUGGUCUGCUUCUGCGAAGGCAUGACGGUCCGGGGCCUCCUGAGUGCCAUGCGGCGCUUGGGCGUGGUAGGCGAGUUCUCACUCAUUGGAAGUGAUGGAUGGGCAGACAGAGAUGAAGUCAUUGAAGGUUAUGAGGUGGAAGCCAACGGGGGAAUCACGAUAAAGCUGCAGUCUCCAGAGGUCAGGUCCUUUGAUGAUUAUUUCCUGAAACUAAGGCUGGACACUAAUACGAGGAAUCCUUGGUUCCCUGAGUUCUGGCAACACCGGUUCCAGUGCCGCCUACCAGGACACCUUCUGGAAAAUCCCAACUUUAAGAGAAUCUGCACAGGCAAUGAAAGCUUAGAAGAAAACUACGUCCAGGACAGUAAGAUGGGCUUUGUCAUCAAUGCCAUCUACGCCAUGGCCCACGGGCUACAGAACAUGCACCAUGCCCUGUGCCCCGGCCACGUGGGCCUCUGUGAUGCCAUGAAACCCAUCGACGGCAGCAAACUCCUGGACUUCCUCAUCAAGUCCACGUUCAUCGGUGUGUCUGGAGAGGAGGUGUGGUUUGAUGAGAAAGGAGAUGCUCCUGGAAGGUAUGACAUCAUGAAUCUGCAGUACACUGAAGCUAAUCGCUAUGACUAUGUACACGUGGGAACCUGGCACGAGGGGGUGUUGAACAUUGAUGACUACAAGAUCCAGAUGAACAAGAGUGGGAUGGUACGGUCUGUGUGCAGCGAGCCUUGCUUAAAGGGUCAAAUUAAGGUUAUACGGAAAGGAGAAGUGAGCUGCUGCUGGAUUUGCACAGCCUGUAAAGAGAAUGAAUAUGUGCAAGAUGAGUUCACCUGCAAAGCCUGUGACUUGGGGUGGUGGCCCAAUGCAGAUCUCACAGGCUGUGAACCUAUCCCUGUCCGCUACCUGGAAUGGAGCAAUAUAGAAUCCAUCAUAGCUAUUGCCUUCUCCUGCCUGGGCAUCCUUGUCACCUUGUUUGUCACUCUCAUCUUCGUGCUGUACCGGGACACACCAGUAGUCAAAUCUUCCAGUCGAGAGCUCUGCUACAUUAUCCUAGCUGGCAUCUUCCUGGGUUACGUGUGCCCUUUCACUCUCAUUGCCAAACCUACCACCACAUCCUGCUACCUCCAGCGCCUCCUGGUUGGCCUCUCCUCUGCCAUGUGCUACUCUGCUUUAGUGACCAAAACCAAUCGCAUUGCGCGCAUCCUAGCUGGCAGCAAGAAGAAGAUCUGCACCCGGAAGCCCAGGUUCAUGAGUGCCUGGGCCCAGGUGAUCAUUGCCUCAAUUCUGAUUAGCGUGCAGCUAACCCUGGUGGUAACCCUGAUCAUCAUGGAGCCCCCCAUGCCCAUUCUGUCAUACCCAAGUAUCAAGGAAGUCUACCUUAUCUGCAAUACCAGCAACCUGGGUGUGGUGGCCCCUGUGGGCUACAAUGGACUCCUCAUCAUGAGCUGUACCUACUAUGCCUUCAAGACACGCAACGUGCCCGCCAACUUCAAUGAGGCCAAGUAUAUCGCCUUCACCAUGUACACCACCUGCAUCAUCUGGCUGGCUUUUGUGCCCAUUUACUUUGGAAGCAACUACAAGAUCAUCACUACCUGCUUUGCAGUGAGCCUCAGUGUGACGGUGGCCCUGGGGUGCAUGUUCACUCCCAAGAUGUACAUCAUUAUUGCCAAGCCGGAGAGGAACGUCCGCAGUGCCUUCACCACCUCUGAUGUAGUCCGCAUGCAUGUCGGCGACGGCAAGCUGCCCUGCCGCUCCAACACUUUCCUCAACAUUUUCCGAAGAAAGAAGCCAGGGGCAGGGAAUGCCAAUUCUAAUGGCAAGUCUGUGUCAUGGUCUGAACCAGGUGGAAGACAGGUGCCCAAGGGACAGCACAUGUGGCACCGCCUCUCUGUGCACGUGAAGACCAAUGAGACGGCCUGCAACCAAACGGCCGUCAUCAAGCCCCUCACUAAAAGUUACCAAGGCUCUGGCAAGAGCCUGACCUUCUCCGAUACCAGCACCAAGACCCUGUACAACGUGGAGGAGGACGCCCCGCCGGCGGGCUUCAGCCCUCCCAGCAGCCCUUCCAUGGUGGUGCACCGGCGCGUGCCCACGGCGGUGAGCACCCCGCCGCUGCUGCCCCACCUGACAGCCGAGGAGACGCCCCUGUUCCUGGCCGACCCGGCCGCCCCCCAGGGCUUGCCCCCUCCGCUCCCGCAGCCGCAGCCGCAGCCGCAGCCGCAGCAGCCGCCACCGCAGAAAUCCUUCCUGGACCAGCUGCAGGGCGUGGUCAACAACUUCAGCACCGGCACCCCGGAUUUCAGCGCGGUGCUCGCAGGCCCCGGGGGCCCGGGGAACGGGGUGCGGUGCCUGUACCCGCCCCCGGCGCCCCCGCAGCACCUGCAGAUGCUCCCGCUGCAGCUGAGCACGUCGGGGGACGAGCCCGCCUCCCCCGCGGCCGAGGACGAGGACGACAGCGAGAGGUUCCAGCUGCUCCAGGAGUACUUGUACGAGCGGGAAGGGACCACGGAGGAAGACGAGCUGGAAGAGGAGGAGGAGGGCCCGCAGGCGGCCAGCAAACCCACCCCCGAGGCCUCGCCCGCCCUGACGCCCCCGUCGCCUUUCCGCGACUCCGUGGCGUCGGGCAGCUCGGCGCCCAGCUCCCCGGUGUCCGAGUCCGUGCUCUGCACCCCUCCCAACGUGACCUACGCCUCGGUCAUUCUGAGGGACUACAAGCAAAGCUCUUCCACCCUGUAGGGGAGGAGGUGUCCACAUGGAAGAGCAGGAGAAGUCGGUGAGCACCAGAGCCUGGGAGGGGGUGCAGAAAGCUGGGGAGCGCCUGGGAGUGGAGGGCGAGCUCAGGAGGGAAGAGAAGGCUGCUGCUACCCGGAGGGAGGUCAGAGGGGGAAAAUUCCGAUUCUUGAAUUAUUCAAAGUCUUCCCUGGGAAGAAAGGGAACUCUGACAAAGCACAAUCCCGAUAUAGUAUGUAACUUUUAUCACAAAAAUCAAUCAAAAUAAAAUCGACAAAAACAAUCUCCCUUUUUUUGGACAAUUGUGCAUAGAAUUGCAAGCCCACACACACACGUGGCCAGUUUGGAAAGGUGCAGGAGGUGAGGACCAUCGGGUUGAAUCAUGAGUUCCCCUCAUGGUGUUCCUGGGGAGCUUGGUGGAGUCAGACAGAGCAGGGAGGUGAGGGAGGGGCAAGCAGGAACCCCCGCAGGGAACCGAGGGUGAGGGCACAGACCCCUGGUCUUCGGGAGACCCGGGAACUGGCGGGGUUAGGGGCCUCUCUUCUCUCACUGCACCUGACACAGUGCAGCCGGCUGUCACACUUAGAGAAAGGUGCAUGGGCAUCCUGCCGCUGUGUUCGGGACAACAGAAAUACGAGCAAAAUUAUCACCAAAAAGUGCUUCAUCAGUAGAGCUAGGGAAGGGUGCAACGAGAAACUAGACAAUAGAUACAUAAGCAUGGAGCUUUGAACAAAAUCAGCACAUUCAGCUUCCCAUGUCUGAUACUCGCUGACUGAUGACUGGGGGAAAGGCCAGAACGAGAGAUUGUAUCAAGAAUUGCUGAAGACCUUUUAUGGAUUAACGUGUUAGUGCCAGGAGGGCUCUCCUUUGCCCUUCGGUUACAGAGAACAAACCAUGUGGCAAAAUUGUUACCUUCCAUUUACCGUAGCAAAUAAUACUUAACCAGUCGAACUUCUAAGAUGCAGUAUGUGUAUUUGGUGCCAAUGUUUCUCCCAUUAAGUACAGAAACAAAUCCAUCUCUGAAUUUAACGGUGUACUCAUAGCAACUACUACUGGCAAAUUAAAUGUUUAAUGAUGAAUAAUUCUUUCCUAUUGUCACAGAAGUCCCUGUAACUAGCGAGUGAACGUGUUCUUGUAUACAUGUGAUAAUAAAAUUUGUGCAAUGUAACGUCCAUCUACCUGGUACUAGAAGAUUGUCUUUCCGAUGUGAUAUAGAUAUUUUUAUGUUCCAAUCAUGUUUUAUAGACCAUCCUCAUAUCUACAGGAACUAUUUGAAGGUUUGAGUGCUGUGGUCCAAUGUUUUUCUUAUGCUGCUCAGACGGUCCUUCUUCUUCUAAGAGGACACUUACUUUUCAGGUAUUUUAUGAUCUGGAAAUGUUAUUAAUGAAGUGGUUUGAAAAUCUGUUAUAGUGAAAGUUCUCAAGAACUGUGGGUAAAAAUAAAAAGGUAUGUUUUAUAAACUUGCACACAUCAGCCCCAUCCCACAGGCCAGGCCAAGGGACCCCGCUGGUGCACAAAUUCGAGCAUUGAGCAUCUAGUUAAAACAUAAGCUUGAAAUGACAGUAUUUAGGUGAUUUCAGGUUACUCUAGGGUGGUUUUUUAAAAGCUUUUCCACAGCUACUUGAGCUUGAUGUGUUAAAGCAUACAAUAACUUCUAAGAUUGAUCAUAAUUUAUCAAAUUAUUUACCACGUUUUGCUUUCUUUUAAUUUUUAUUUCCAUGUAUUCUUGUUCCUAUAUUUCCACGGCCAUACUUUUCUUUAGGUUUUUGUUAUUUGCUGUGUGUAAUAUCCAUGUAUGUGCAAGCCAGUUGUUUUAUUUUUGCCUUCCCCUUUUCAGCCCAAAUAAAGAGGUUUACUUGCU